AUGUGUGAACUUGGUAGCUCUGGAAAUGGUUUUACUUGGGGUGGUGUUCGGAAUAAACAGUGGAUCCAAUGUAGACUUGAUCGACGCUUUGGGAAUCCAGCCUGGUUUUCUUUAUUUCCCAAUAGUCAUCAGUGGUUUUUGGAGAAAUUAGGAUCAGACCAUAAGCCUGUUUUGGUUAAAUUUACAAGUGACAAAGAAUUGUUCAGGAAUCAAUUCUGGUUUGACAAGAGAUGGGCUGAGGAUCCUUCUUUAUUGGAAGUAAUCCAGAAAGUGUGGAAUGAAAUGAGCACAUUAAGUUCUGAUUGCUCUGUUCUGGCGAGAAAUGAAAAUUGCAAAAAGGCUAUUGGCAUUUGGAAGAAACAAGCAAGGACUAAUUCAGAGAUCAGGAUUAAAAGAUUAAGAAAAGAGUUGGCAAGUCACUAUGAAGCCUUGAAGCCUAACUUCAGAAGGAUAAAUGCGAUUAAAAGAGACCUUGCUAUAGCAUUUCGGGAAGAAGAAAUUUACUGGAGACAAAAAAGUACAGAGAAAUGGCUUCUUGAUGGGGAUAGGAAUACCAAAUUUUUCCAAGCAUCAGUGAAAGCUACUAGAAUGAAAAAUUCUUUACCUUUCAUUAUAGAUGACACUGGUGUAGAGCAAUUUGGUGAACAACAGAAAGGUGAAGUGGCUGUUAAUUAUUUCUCUAAGCUUUUCACAUCAUCUGCACCUUCGCAGAUUAGUGCUUUACUGUAUAACUUUCAGCCGAGAGUUUCAAUCAGUAUGAAUCAAGACCUCUCUAAGGAAAUUACAGUCUCUGAGAUACGACAAGCUGCCUUCUCAAUUAGUAGUGAGAGUGCUCCGGGUUCUGAUGGGCUCACUGGUUUCUUUUUCAAAAAGUUUUGGCCAGUAAUUCAUGAUCAGGUCAAUAAAGAGGUGCUCUCCUUUUUUGCCACGGGGAAUCUUCCGGUGGAAUGGAAUCAUACGCUGUUGUGUUUGAUCCCCAAAAUUCAAGCUCCAAAAAGAAUGUCGGAUCUCAGGCCAAUCAGUUUGUGCUUAGUGAUUUAUAAGAUUGUCUCAAAAAUUCUGGUGAAUAGACUGAAAAAACAUUUAUCUUCCAUAAUCUCUCCUACUCAGGCUGCUUUUGUCUCAGAAAGACUGAUUUCUGAUAAUAUCUUAAUAGCACAUGAAAUUGUUCAUAGUCUUCACACUCUUCCAAGUGUUUCUCAGGAGUUUAUGAUGGUUAAAACUGAUAUAUCAAAAGCUUAUGAUCGGGUAGAAUGGAGUUUUUUGAAAGAUAUACUUAUUGCUCUAGGAUUUCAUGAUCGUUGGAUCGCUUGGGUUAUGGGCUGUGUAACAUCGGUGAACUAUUCAGUGUUAGUUAAUGGAGAAUCUUAUGGUUCAUUUCAACCUGAAAGAGGAAUCAGACAGGGGGAUCCUCUUUCCCUUUUCUUGUUUGUGCUCUGUACUGAAGCUUUGGUUCAUCUCUUCAAUCAAGCUGCUAGUGAAGCACAUGAAAUUGUUCAUAGUCUUCACACUCUUCCAAGUGUUUCUCAGGAGUUUAUGAUGGUUAAAACUGAUAUAUCAAAAGCUUAUGAUCGGGUAGAAUGGAGUUUUUUGAAAGAUAUACUUAUUGCUCUAGGAUUUCAUGAUCGUUGGAUCGCUUGGGUUAUGGGCUGUGUAACAUCGGUGAACUAUUCAGUGUUAGUUAAUGGAGAAUCUUAUGGUUCAUUUCAACCUGAAAGAGGAAUCAGACAGGGGGAUCCUCUUUCCCUUUUCUUGUUUGUGCUCUGUACUGAAGCUUUGGUUCAUCUCUUCAAUCAAGCUGCUAGUGAAGGUAAAAUUUCUGGUAUUCAAUUUCAUCAUUCUGGUCCAGCAAUCAAUCAUUUGCUAUUUGCAGAUGAUAGCCUCUUUAUUUGUAAAGCUAAUAGAGAUCAAUGUGCUGAGAUGAUGAGUUGUUUACAGAAAUAUGAAAGGAUAUCUGGUCAAAUGAUUAAUAAAACAAAAUCAGCGAUUACUUUUGGAAUUAAAUCAGAUCAGAGGGAUUGGCAGUGGAUAAAAGAAAAUUCUGGGAUUAGAUUCGAAGGUGGAACUGGGAAAUACUUAGGUCUUCCUGAAUGUUUAAGUGGUUCAAAACAGCAGCUUUUGGGAUUCAUCAAGGAUAGGUUACAGUCUAGGUUAAUUGAUGCAACAGUGGGGCGGAGUCCUUCAUUUGGAUGGAGAAGUAUCUUGUUUGGUAAAGAGCUCCUGACUAAAGGUCUGAAGCGUGUUAUAGGGAAUGGGAAAAACACUCUUGUUUGGAUAGACAACUGGUUAUUUGAUGGCACUGCUAAACGACCCGUUGGUAAUCAGUCUCUUAUGAACAUUAAUCUUCGAGUAGCUGAUCUUUUAGCUCAUCACUCUGGCAUGUGGAAUGAUACUCUUUUAAGAAGCUUGUUUCACCAGUCGGAGGUUAAAAUCAUAAAGGCUAUACGACCAAGGGUAGGUUAUACUGAUUCGUUUUGCUGGGGUGAAACUAGGAAUGGAGUUUAUUCUGUGAGUUCGGGUUACUCUAUGAUGUUUGGAUUGAGGAAAAAAGAACUCAUUGCAUCUGCUGAAGCUCGUCCAACUAGAAACCCGGUUCUACAAGCUUGUUGGGAUGUGUCAACCUCUCCUAAAAUUCAGAUCUUUCUUUGGAAAGCUCUUCAUGGGGCUCUUGCAGUUAAUGAAAGAUUGAGAACACGGCUUGAACAAGAUAGAGAAUUCUUGGCGGAUCUUAAUUCAGCCUUUGCUUGGAUAUUGUGGCAUUUAUGGAAAGCCCGAAAUAAGUUGCUUUUUGAAGGUGUCAGCAUGUCACCGCCUGACUUGGUACAAAAAGCAUGGAAUGAUACUUCAAAAUGGUUUGUAGUGCAUAAUCAAGACUCCCACCUUAAACAAUCUGACAUUGUUCAAGCUGCAAGGUGGACUCCUCCUUUACUUGGUGAGGUUAAAUGCAAUAUUGGCUUUUCUUGGUCCAAAAGAUUUUCUUUGUCGGGAGCUUCUUGGGUGGUGAGAGAUCAUGUUGGCAAUGGCAUUCUUCACAGUAGACGGUCCUUUGCUUCGGUUUACUCUGUCUUUGAGGCUAAAAUAAAGAGUUGGGAAUGGGCUUUAGAGAGUAUGGCAAGUUUGCAUGUGGAGAAUGUUACAUUUGGGGCAUCUUCUUUGGAAAUUAUCCAGGCGCUGCAUAAUCCUAGCGCCGCUAGGUUGCACUGA